CUGCGGGGCGAGCGCGGGGACCUCUCUGCGGGGCUCGGCGGGGGCUGGGGACGAGCGGGGCUGCGGCGGUCACUGCCGAGCGCUGGCGCGGGCAUUUCCCUGUGAGCCGUUCCCCCUGCAGCAGCCCCCGCCUGUCCGCCCGCAUCCGGUGCUCCCUCGCGGCGAGGGCCGUCGGUCGGGAGGUGCGCUCUUCCCCUCCGGCCGCAGCCGCUGUCCUCUCCCGCAGGUGGAUGGGGAUCCUGGCGCUUUACACGGUCCACAAGGGGCAGUUCAGCUGUCCCGGGGGAGGAUUACUGCACAGCUAUCUGCUUGUGCUCCUCGUUCUCCUGGCCUCGAUAAUAUGUGCGUUAUCUGCUCUCGUGUAUGUCAGCAUGCAAGGAACCAUUUCUAAUCCAGGCCCAAGAAAAUCACUUCCCAAACUACUUUAUACUCGCCUGCUUCUCUAUUUGCCUGAAUUCAUCUGGGCUGUGGUAGGAGCUGUAUGGGUGUCAGACAGCAGCGUGCGCUGCGAAAAGACUGUGAUAAACGUCAUCAUUGGGACAGUUAUUGCAAGUUGGGUUAUCAUCAUCUUUACCAUCAUUGGAGUUGUAAUUGUCUUUGAUCCACUUGGGGGCAAAAAGACGUUUUACCUCACCGAUAGUGUCAAUCGGAACCUGGAAAGCAGUCAGUCGGGGCAGUUGCUGUAUAAUGUGAAGAACACUGCCACCAGAGUCUGGGAAAAAAGGAUCCGGUUGCUCUGUUGUUGUAUUGUGCAAGAUGACGACCAUCGAGUGGCUUUCACAAGCAUCGCAGAGCUUUUCCGCAACUAUUUUUCAGACACUGAUCUGGUGCCAAGUGACAUAGCAGCUGGUUUGACUCUGCUCCAUCAGGAGCAAGAUAAAAUGGAAAGCUGCCCGAAAGAGCCUGAAGAAGUCCUGUGUCAUUCUCCAUCAUCUCUUGUGACAGAUGAUUUGGACGUUGAACUGGAGAAUGCUGCUCACUACAUGCUGUUUGCUGCAGCUGCUUAUGGCUGGCCCUACUACAUCUACACCAACCCAUUUACCGCUCUCUGUAAGCUCAAUGGUGACUGUUGCAGAAAUAGACCAACGGAUUCUGAUAUAACCGGCAGUGAUCGUCACAACUUUCACUUUGGAUCCAUCCUGAAAAUAACAGGGCUGCAGUACAGAGACUUCAUUCACAUCAGUUUUCAUAACAAGAUCUAUGAGAUUCCAUUUUUCGUUGCUUUGGAUCACAAAAAAGAAGCCAUCGUUGUUGCAGUGAGAGGAACCUUGUCUUUCGAGGACAUUCUCACGGACCUGUCAGCAGAUUGCGAAGACCUGACACUGGAGGAUGUUUUGGAGAAUGGCUUUGUGCAUAAGGGAAUAACUCAAGCUGCAAACUACAUCUAUCGAAAGCUAAUAAAUGAUGGAAUUUUAAACCAGGCUUUCACAAUCGCUCCAGAAUAUAAACUUGUGAUAGUUGGCCACAGUUUGGGUGGUGGAACAGCGUCUAUAUUGUCAAUCAUGCUCAGGAACUCUUUCCCAACAUUAAGAUGUUACGCUUUUUCUCCUCCAGGAGGACUUUUAAGCAAAUCCCUUGCAGAUUACACCAAGCACUUCAUUGUUUCAGUCAUUGUUGGAAAGGACCUUGUUGCAAGGUUGAGUAUGCCCAACAUGGAGGAUUUAAAGAGGAGAAUAGUGAGAAUUGUGGCAAACUGUAACAGACCCAAGUACCAGAUUUUGCUGCGUGGAUGUUGGUAUGAAGUAUUUGGAGGAGAUCCAGAUAACUUCCCCACAGAGCUGGAUGGUAGAAGCCAAGAUGCCCUCACCCAGCCCCUCCUCGCUGAGGAGAGUUUAAUGGUUCAUCGUUCACCUUCAUACAAUGCCCUUGAGGAUGAGUCACACUUAAAUUCACCACCCCAGUAUCCUCACCUGUAUCUUCCUGGAAAGAUUAUCCAUAUUGUAGAAGAAUCCAGCUCUAGGAGGUUGUGCUCUUCAGAUAUUAAAUAUACGGCAAGAUGGUCAAAUGAAACUGUCUUCAGCAGCAUUUUGAUAAGUCCCAAGAUGAUUACAGACCACAUGCCAGAUGUUGUGCUCAAAGCUCUGCACAGUCUGUCUCAGGAACAGGGAUCGUGUAUUUCUUGUCAAACACGGGACUAUCACACCAACGUGGUCUAACCGCAGCUGGACGAGGAGGUAUGGGGGUGGUGUUUUUUUAAUUGCAGGUUUCAAGUAUUCAGGACCCAUUCCACUUUCAUACCUGCGUGGAUUUCAGUACUUUCCUCACACUGCAUAAACUAAACAAGGGUCCUGAUGCCCUUGUCUUGGCAGCGACCUUGUGAUGGUGUGCUGGUUAAAGCACAGUCUGCCUUUAUGCUGAAGGUUGCACUUUUACAAAAAAUGGCAGCGUUUGACAAGUUGUAGCUGAUUCUGUGGGGCUGGCACAGGAGUCAUGGUGGCAGCCGAGUAAGUGACCAAAGGGAGCAGGCGAGGACAGCGUGGACCUGCCCGACCUCAGACAGUAAAAUCUGUGUUUGCUUCAGUCACUUCACCCCAUUGUCUGGGCGCCCCGUGAGCGAGCUGUGCCCAGAGGGAGGGGGUACCUGAGCAGGCCCCGGCCACGAGAAUCUCUGAGUGAUUCAUUGAUUGCACUAUUUUUCUUACAGCCUGUGGUAGUUACCAGGGGAGGGAGGGUGUUGUGGUUAAAUGCUGCUUAGAUAUACAUGUGCAAUAUUCUUUAAUCUACCUGUCUUUUGUAUUUGUUGAUCCACAUGACUACUUUUAUUGAUUUUAACCUAAACUAAUACUAUAAGUACUUAAUGAGAAGAAAAAAAAAAAAAAAAGUUGUUCAUGCCUUGGCUUUACAUGAGUCCCCAACUCCGACCACUGAGAACACUGAUCCAGUUCUGCCAAAAAAGUAUAUAACCAGUUGUACUGAUUUUAAAAAAGUGGAGUCCAUGGUUCUAGUGUGCAACUAUUUUAACUUUUUUUUUUUUUAAGGCUCAGCAGCAGUUCUUAUUAAAAAAAAAAAAAAAAUGAUAGAAAUAAGUAAAAGUAGUAACUGUGUGGGCGUUCUUGCUGUGAUACUUAAUAUGGAAACAAAAUAAAGUGCAGUGUAAACA